AAGUGUAAUCAAUUAUGAAAUGAAAACAAUUCGGCCAUAAAUCAGUCAUAAAGACAGUGGUGUUAUCACAUGGAGUUGUGGUUAUUAACCUUGACCUUGCUAUUGUUUUUAAAGUUUCAUCGCAGACUCUGUAUUUGAAAGAUGAUUCGAAUAUAGCAAUUUUCCUGUCACAGUCAGGUUACUUCAGUGCCCUAGACUUUUCCUUGCACGUGUUCAUUAUGAGGUCCAUGGGGAUGAAGUGGAAAAAGGGGUUCUCACCCCAGGAACACCCCUCUCAACCCCAACAGCCUCCCAGCGUUUCUCCUUUACACGCAAUACUCCACCCUCUGCAGCUGCUGGUUCACCUGCGGCGGCUGUUGCAGGACCUCCGAAAGCCACCAUGACUCGAUUUUAUUUAUGCAUGUGAUGUUAGAAAGAUUCUCAGUAAAGCUUUGAAAAACAGCUAUAUUUCAUUUAUAUUGAUAAUUUUCACAGUCAAAAGACACUACUAUUUGUAUCAUGGGCACCAAAAUGUCGAAAAGCACACAGGUUCAGUUGGCUCCAUGUAGCAUAAUUUAUUAACAAAAACGCCUAAAAAAUUAGUGAUUUAUAAUUUAGUUUGUGUGUGUGUGUGUGUGUGUGAAAGAGAAAUUAAAUUCUGAAUUUGUCAUGUGCAUAAUGUCUCCAGAUCCAUUUACAAACUGAUUUAGUAAACGGCAAACUGAGGCCAAGCAGGAUGGUGGAAGCUAGUUUCAUGGAAUGUGAGGCUACAGUACAUGGCAUUAUUGGGAAAGUUCAAGAUGCUCUUGGCAGUUAUGAUCCUGUAAUUCUCACCGAUGCCCUGGGCAAUGAGAUACUUGACUCUGAAGGAACUAAAGGAUCCAUCUACUGGAAGCAAAAUGCCCGCAAGGUAUUUGCCAUUGCAGAGCACGACUUCACAGAAUUUCAAGGCAGCAAGAGGAAAAGAAGCUCAAGUCGGAAAGAUGAUGAAACAUCAAGUCUACAAGAUGUCUAUGAUAAGAUAGAAGAAGUGGUGCUGGCGUCACAGGGCCUUCAGCAAGUUAUCUCAACUAUCAAAGAGCUUUCUGAGCUGUCCAGUCAAACACCUGCCAAAACCUUGACUGAAGUCCAAACAGAGAAAAUAAAAGCAGCUUUCACUUGCAUAGUCUGCAAAGGACCCAUUGAUCAACCAGUAUUUGCCACCUGCUGUAGAAGCCUGAUCGGAUGCAAACUUUGUGUUGAUCAAUGGAUGUCUAUUUCAUCACAGUGCUUAAAAUGCAGAGAGGAAGCUCUUAGCAACCACAUCUUUCUUGCAGCAUGUCUCUCUGAAGCUUUGUUAGCUCUUGGUGACAUCAUUAGGGUAGAGUAG